AUGGUCAGCGAUGCUGGAGCGAAGAUUCCACCCAUUCCUUCUUCUUCCGACAAAACUCCUGUCGAAGAUGACAAAGAUUAUGUUGUCAGCGAGCAUAUUGACGGCGACAGCACUGUAGUGAGUGACACGGUCUCGUUCAUGCCUGUGGACAUCAAGGUCAUGUCGAGCGCUCCAGACUACAAUCAUGCUCAGAUGAUCGACAACUCGCGGAUCAAUUAUGUUCCCAUCAAGCUUCGAUGUGGAGUCGUGGCCAUGUGUCGGACAAAUGUACUCAUUCUCUGUCGUUCCGUAUUGAAAGCGCUGAACGAAGAUAUCAAGCAAUGCCUGGAGCUCUUCCCCUCGUCGGUCCAUGCAUUCAUCAAGCGGACCAGAAUAUGGAUCAACCUCACCUACAGCUAUGGUCAGAGAGACAAUCCACGUCUUUUGAAACACACCACGGCACAUCAUGCUGUCUGGUGGUUGAAUUGGGCCAGAGACCGACCCGAUAAAAUGCACAGCAUUGAAAUAUACGACUGCUGGGAAUACUUACAAAUGAGACUGCAUUGGAAUGGUGCUGGUCUCAUUUGCCACGAAUUCUGUCAUUUGAUACACCAAUUUGCAUUGCCCAAUGGUCUGGGGAACACACAACUCUGGCAAGCCUACUGCAAGGCUCGAGAGUCCGGACUGUAUGACAAGGCUCUGCGGCGAGAUUGGGCGGGAACUGACUGUGACACGGAUAUUGCCUACGCCAUGGUAGACUACAAGGAGUUUUGGUCCGAAAUGUCCGUCGCAUACUUGUCAGAUACCUAUCACCAUCUCGACAAGGUUGGCGGUCAUGCCGGAAUGGACGCUUGCAGCCCUCCCUUUCGGCAUCCCGUCGUCUUGGAACGAGUACAGAAACGACAAGUGCAGCAGGACAUGGAGGACGAUAAGGGUAUUCCAAGGCGACAGCUUGUCGUCGCUGCUUCUGCCGCAGAAACGAAUGAAAAAAUGAGCUGGUGGGAACGCUUCCUGCGACGCUUACGAGAAUGCUUCAUCUCCAAGGAUCGUCGAAGACGAAAGGGACAGCACCGUUGUCCUCCAUGCAACAAAUUCUAUCCCUUUACAAGGGGCCAAUUGAGGGAACAUGACAAGGGCAGUUUCCUGGUCAUUAGUGACCUUUGGCGUCAGGUUGCACAAUGGGAAGAUCCAAUGGACGACAGAAUAUGCGGACCGGGGUUUCGUCGUGGUGGUGGCCGUCCUGUGUCGGAUGCAUUUGCGCCGCUAUUAGCUCCGACCGACUUUCAACAACCACCAGAGCCCCCGUGAAAUGUUCUGGCCGUCAAAGCCCGUUGUUUGGAUAUGGUGAGCUCAUGUUUUAUUAAAAAGAGCAGGUACGAAAACAUUAUGGUUGUUUUCUUCCCGCGAAGCAAUGCAUCCAUGAGGUCGGGUAUGGUGUGUCACUCUGCUUCCCAGGUUGGGGUGAUCUUCGAUCGUUCCGGCAGUGGUAGUAGUCUACUUUUAGCUGCUUUUCAGCCUUUUGAUUAGCUGGCUACUGGUACCUGGUUUAGUUGGAAUGUUUGUGCCACCGUGGUUCGACACCAUGGUGCACUCCCGACGAACAAAAGCCGCACUCGCCGAGACAUUCAGCACGGUUAUUCUUGUAGGAAGAGGUUUCAUCAUAGCAGACUCUGCAGAGCAUCUACCGUAAAGGAGGCAUUUGAUCAAGCAAAACUAUGGGCCUCCAGAGGCAGUCUAGCUAGCCUAGCUAGUUUUGGUUCGCAGGCACUGCUUUGAAUCUUUAGUAUGAGCACUACUGCUCCUUGCACGACAGAAGCAGCCCAUGCUGCUAGAGCCGCAAUUGUGCCAACGCCAGCUGCUUCGGUUCCCAUUGCACCAGCAAAUCAGUCCCUGAAAACUAGAUAGACCACGAUGAACCCUCUCCGGUGCAGCUCGGUGCUGCUGAUUUGUUCUUCUUUGGAAAGGUUUUGAUAGCUCCACGAUGUUUCGGUGUGUUGGUACCGGUAAACGUUCGUAGCAUCUUCACGCUGAGGCAGUGUCGUCGUCUUCGGUGUGAUGGGUCGGGAUAAAUUUCUUCAAUUCCUCAUUCUCUUCUAAAAGUCCCUUGUUUUCUUCUUGUAGCCCUCUGUUUUCUUUUUGAAGCCCUUUGUUUGCUUCUUGCAGCCUUUUAUAGGCCUCCAGCAGCCCGUCUUCUUCAACAACUGGAGCUCCUUCUGGCAAUGGGACCUCUUGAUUAACUUCCAGUGGUUCUUCCGAUUCCUCGAGCAGCUCUGGAGUUUCUGCCGAGGACUUUUUCAAUUCUUUCUUCAAUUCCUCGUUCUGCACUCUGAGUAACAUGUUUUUGUGUGCCAAUGACUCGGCUGUCUUGGGGUGCUUCAAAAUCAGCAUGCCCGACACAUUGGCAGCACUGCCAUCACUGAAACUCUGCACGCUACUUUGUUUCGCCGCGCUGCUGCUGCCAAACGCACAGGAGCCCCUUCGAGAUCUUGAAAACCGAAGGGGUAAAGUCUUACCGCCACUGCACAUUUGCAAGUCAUAAAAAGCAACGACUUUGGGGCCCAAAAUCAAGAUCAGCAGCGACAUGCACACCACAAAAGUAAUCGAACUCAGCACAAAGAAGUAGGCUGAUGGAUUAUCGUGGGCAAUAAUGAGGAUGGGAAUCCCGAUGGAGCCAACCAAGCACAUGACAAUCAGUGCCUUGAAGAUAUAGUCGGUUUCAGAGUACUCCGUAGAAAUGUCUCGUGCUUGGUAGGCUUCGUAACACGAAAAGACCAAAGGACCAAGAUUGAUCACACCCAGGGUGAUCCAAUAGGCCAGGGAAUCAUCUGAAGUGCAAAAUCCCGUGGUCUCGAUCGGUCGACCAAAUGGGUCCAUGGCCAACACCUCCGUUUCGCAUUGCAAUGGAGAAAGGGCUGUCCAAAGCGAGAGAACCAAAACAUUUGCUGCAAGAACCACAAACAUGGGCUUGGCGACGUCCCAAGAAGAAACGAUCACCCGUCGAAAGCCGGCAUUCUGCAUGAUUCGAUUCACACGAUGAGUCUUUGCGGACAAAGCGCUGAAGAUGAGGGAAAAUCCGACUGAAAGGAACCAAGGAAAGGACUGACAAGCCCCGUUACACCCUUCGAUUGUCCGUGCGGUUCCUUCGUCGAUGCUCAGAGGCACAAUGGAGAGACCCAGAAUCGCGACUCCAGAAAAGACGACGUGUAGAAAGAUUGGUUGUGCUGGAUACAGAUGCAGAAACGUAAAUAAUAUAUAGGUGAGUGCCAUUGCUAUCAUGAUGGAAAUGUCAAAAGAGAGGACUGACUGACUCCAGGCGCGCUUACCUGCAAGAAUCACACGUUCCUUGCCGUGAAUCAGCACCCAGCCACUCGCAGAGACUGCCAACACCACAACAAUAGCAGACAUGGUCCAUCCGACAGCUUGGAGUCCAACGGACAAGUAAUUGUGUUCGAUAGACACGGGUGGCAAAUCGAGUGGUAUGUUGGAUGUUCCAUCACCAAAGAUGGGUCGUUCCAAGUCAAUGAAUUCAUUGUCGACGAUAAUAGAAGUUGUGACAUCUUGGAAUGCCACAUGAGUGUCAUUGGAUCGAUUGUGAUCCAGUUGAAUAUUGAUGAUGCGAUACCGCGAGUUUUGACGGGUUCCCGUUGUGGGGUCAAAGCUAACGUUGCCCGUGGCUCCCUGAAACUUGGUUCGGGUGACGGCUUGGAAAUGGUCCAUGCCUUGAAGAGUGUUGUCGUCUUUUGUGGUAGCAUUGCAGGCAGCGAGUCCCGCCGCAAUGGCCGAAUCAUAGGCCCACGUAAGCAUGCUGGUCGACGUGGGUGCCCGUUGUAGAAAUUGGGGAUUGUAAAUGAUGGGAGCAAAAAUGUUGGAGCGAUUCUGAGCAAUAACAUCGGGAUAGACGGGUAGCUUGCUGAGGAUAUAGUCACGAUCCGACUUGCUGUUUGCCAUUUGUCUUGUGGCAUCGACCAGUCGGUCAAAGACGGGUUGUUUGGAAUACCCCGUCAAGCGAACCAAGAGUGUUCCAGGGAUGACCUUGGCUUGUGGAGAGUCCCGGGGAACGACGAGACUUUUGAAGUACUCGUCACCAGCAGGAUAAAUCCAAGUAUGUCUUCCUGUUCCAGCAAUGCCUUGAGCCAAUGUUUCGUUCCAGAGCGCCGCCCAAUGGCCGCCCCGGAUGGCACCAAAAAAGUAUGUGAAAUUGGUUUCCUUGAGUUUUGUGACGGCCCGUUGGAGUAUUUCUGGAGAUGUCAACUGAUCCGGAAUAUCCAGUGACACCAGGUCCAAGUCCGGCGCCAGAGUGGCCGCGGCUUGUUGCAAUGCCACCGAGUAGGACUGACUCUCUCGGGUAUCCGUGUGUAGCACCGCCAAAUGUUUCACGUUGAGUUGUUCUCGUAGAUAGCGUACGAGAAUUUCCGCAUUAAUACCCAGGGAAGGAAGGAUUCUAGCAGCCAAGGGAAACAUGGUCCGGUCCUCCAGUUCCGUGGCCGUGGAAUAACCAAUUUGUGGAUAGCCUCGCAUGCCGGUGAUCAUGGCCGUCGAUAGUGUGACUUUGGAUUGGAUGUUCCCUAGAAAGAUGCAUGGUUGUCGACUAUUACUUCUCGACGUCAGGUCAAUCACCUGAUCCGCAGCCAGUUUUGGAGACAAAAAGGAAUCCAGAGCUUGGAACUGGAACUUGAUAUUGCAACGCUUAUUCAGGCCCUCCACUUCUGCGACGACAGAGCCAUCUCCCGUGUUCAAAUGCUCGCAUGCCAGCGCCACCGCCGCAGCUCCCUCCACUUGGUCCACACUAUUGAUCGGAACACGUCGUUUCUGAAUUACAGCCGACAAUCCCACCAUGUAGUCCAUGCGGCAGAUUGGUACCUCUUCUUCUUCUUGUAGAACACCGUCUUUGUCAUCGUGAUAGUGCACAACGUCCAAAUUACCCCGUUGAGUAACAUUGCCCGUCACCCGGUCCAAGGCAACGAGCGAGCUCAAGUAGCUCCGCUCCAUGUUGUUGUUGUCAUUAUCCCCGGCAUACUCAGCGGAGGCCACUACUCGUAGUAGGGCCAUGCCGGUCAAAGCAGUCCACACUGGUGGCAGUAACUUCAUGGUGUCAAAGAAGUAUACUUGUAGACUAGUUGGUAGAAACAGCAAGCUUCCCACUUGCCGCCUUGCAUGCUAGAGCUACCGGUAGGUGCUUAUUUUUUUGGUAAGCUUUGCUCCCCACCUGCCCUCUUUGCUGCGCUUUUGCUGCCUGGAUUCCUGAAUGGGAGACGAGUGUGUUUAGAUCGGUCACAAACAAAUAACAGCAGGACCCCCAGGGGGAAAAAAGAACACGAGCAGAAGUCGCAAUGCCACCCAGCAAGACAUUUAUGAAGCUGUAGUUGGAGUAAAUUUAAGGUUAAAGCUACCAUUACAUCUAUGUAAAUAUAUUUGAUCAAAAGAUUCAAAUACCAAAGUUGGUUUACCGCAUCUACCUGAUUUCAGAAGCUUUUCACCCAUCAGAGAAGCCGUGAAACGUCAAAACGUUAUUUCGCUUGUCGACGUCGCUCCACCACCUUUCAUGUAUGUGUCCAGUUUCCAUUGUACACCCACAAUAGUUCACACUUCGCUGACACACUAGCAAGCCAGCUGUUCCGCUGUCCCAUCUUUAAAUCCUUAC